AUGCCGGUGAGAAUGAGAAUGAGGUGGACGGCGUAUGCUGGGGUGUCUACCGCCCUCGCUGCGGGUGUCAUCCUCAAAGCUCUGGCGCAGCGACCCAACUUCUACUCGGCCGCCGUUUACCUGUCGCAGUCCUCCGCCAACCUGAUGAUCCUGACGAACCUUCUCUUCGUCAUCGCCUGCACCUUUCUGCUGGGACUCCAAAAGCUCCUCUAUGGAAACCUCCGACCGAUCGAGAUCGAGCAGCUGUACGAAAAGGCAUGGUUUGCCGUCACCGAGACGUGUCUGGCCAUGACGGUGUUCCGUGGAGAGAUCGGCCUCACCUUCCUCGCGAUGUUCUUCUCCCUGCUGACGGGUAAAGUCUGGGGGUGGAUUGGUGAAGGCCGUGUGGAAGUGCUGGAGCAACAGCCACCCCGAAACCCAAGAUUGUUCCAUACACGUCUGGCACUGAGCCUCGGGCUGAGCGUUGCGUUCGACUUGACAAUGCUGGAAUACGUCGUCAAACAAGUCAUGAGAAUGGCACGGCCGGACAUGAUGGUCAUGUUCGGCUUUGAGUUCGCCGUGCUGUCCAUCAUGAGCAUCAGUACUGCGAUGAGGUAUGCCAUUGAUCUGGUCGAGAUUGGUAUCGUCCGCGAGCAGAAGAGACAUCGGAUUGAAGAGAUCAAGAGGGAGAGAAUGCAAGCUGCAGUGACAGAAUUCCAGCAGUCUCAGAGUGGACAAGCGGGCAGCGCACCCGCUUCUCAAGCUUUGGGAGACGCACCAACACCAACGCAACGCACCCUCGACCAAGUAUCCCAAGAAGCCUUUAACCAACCAGUCGACGAGAAUGAGGUGGAAGUCGAAGGUUGGGAGGAUAAAGGUCGCUACAUGUUCUACCUCAACCUGGCCACGGAUUUCUUCAAACUCAUGACUUACCUUGCUUUCUUCUUUAUUCUUCUUGUAUUCUACGGACUACCCAUCCACAUCUUGCGCGAUGUGUUCUUGACGAUGCGAUCAUUUUUGAAACGAAUUUCGGACUUUAUCAAAUACCGAACGGCGACGAGGGACAUGAAUGCCCGCUAUCCGGAUGCCACGGCGGAGGACAUUGGACGUGAGGACGUCUGCAUAAUAUGCAGAGAAGAGAUGCGCCCAUAUCAACCCGCCGUUGCGCAGCCAGGUCAGCCACAGCCCCGACCGAACCCUGUGGCAGAGAGGAUGCGGCCCAAGAAACUCCCGUGUGGACAUGUCCUACACUUUUCUUGUCUGAGAAGUUGGCUCGAGAGACAGCAGAUAUGUCCGACAUGCAGAGCAAAUGUCGUCCGAACAGGGGGGACUCGGGGUGCCAAUGGAGGGGACGGUGGACAGGGCGAAGCCGGACAGGGCGAAGCCAGACAGGGAAAUGGCGGACAGCAUCCCCCGGCUGCGAGGCAAGGUCCACGUAUAUUCCAAUUCGGCCCGCUGAGAAUUGGUGUCGGAGCGGCUCGCGGCAACAACAUGUUUGAGGAACUUCAACAGCAGCUCGCAGACGGGGUCGGUGCAGUGCCAGAAGGACAACCGGCGAACCCUGAGCCCCAGGCACCGCGACCGAUAGGAGUGGGUUUGCGAUGGUCGGCGAGAAGACGACGCCGAGCAGAUCAGAACUUGACGUUGCAACAACAGGUUGAUGCGUUGGUGGACCGCAUUUCGCGUGAGGCCGAUGAGUUGACCCAGUCGGCUGACGAGAUCGUCCUGUUGCGGUCAUUGCAACUUGAACUCGAAAGAUUGAGAGGCCAGAGACCUGGGCAGAGGCACGCAUCUACCGAGACCACCACUGAAAAUCUAGCAGAGGGAGUCAGACUCACUUCUCAGCCGGUCGAACGCAGAACUACGCUGGUCGCAGAUCAGCAGCAGGAAAAUGUCCUACAAGCAGGUAGUGAUAGACUUCCCGCUGGCUUGACGCUGCCGGAAGGCUGGACGAUGAUGCCUCUACGACUCAUGUACCCUGGCCCGCACCAAUCUCAGCGCCAGCACCAUCACCAUCAACACCACGAGCACAACCAUGACCACAACCACAAUCACAACCUCAACCUCAACCUUAACCAAGGUCCAUUGACAAACUUUGGUCAGCCGCGGCCACAAGCAUACGGAAUGCCGCCUCCUUUCGGUGGCCCUUCUCCUCUUCAACAUCUUCCACAGUUGCAGAGGCAGCCCGCUGCCAGCACGGCAAGCACAGGUCAGACAGGCUCUCUUCAGACCAAUGGGGUGCCGCCUGCCGCACCUGUUCCUCAAGGUCAACAACAACAGCAACCAGCAGCAGCACCCCCAUCCGCAAAUGAGCAUCUAGAUGACAUGCGAACUCCGGGAUCAUUUCGAGGCCCUUUUCAACCUCCCGAAAAUGUCUUCCACUAUCGAAGCUCGCCGUGGAGUGGAGCGAAUAUGAGCGCCCAGGUCACCCAACAACGCGGCCCAAACAGUUCGACUUUGACGACCACCAGUGCAAAUGGCGCUUUGUCUCCAAGCACAUUGCCUACAACAGCUGCAGGAAACACGAUCCAUGAUGUGAGCGAAGCCGGCCAUUCUUUACCUUCUUGGGGAUCGACGGUCGCCGAGCCUGCAAACAGUGUCGUGAGCGACAGCAACGGCAGUGCUGGGCCGUCCACGCUGCAAGUCAAUGGCAGUCAUGAUCACGCCGCAGAGAAUGGGGAAGCAGACGGACCACCCCCUACCACAUCUCAACCCAAGGACAAACAGGCGAGAGUGGAAGAUGCGGCAGAGGAUCUGGAUCCGGAUUGA